UACCUCGGUGGCCCGCAGCCGGGGGCGCGCUGCGCGGGGCUUGUGCGGGGUUUACGCGGGCAGGGCCGGGCGGGUGCCGCGCUCCCCCCGCGCCGCUCUGCGCGCUCCCGGCGCACUCCGAUCCGCGGCUCCAUCCCUCCCGAUGGCGCUGCCCGGCGCUCGCCUCCCCUCUGACGCACUUUAAAGAGUCUCCCCCUUCAACCUCAAGGCGAGUAAUAGCGACCAAUCAUCAAGCCAUUUACCAGGCUUCAGAGGAAGCUGUUUAUGUGAUCCCAGCACUAAUUAGGCUCAUGAACUAACAAAUCGUUUGCACAACUUGUGAAGGGGCCGAUCACAUCCAUGGAUUGUCUUUGGACUUAGGGAGGGAGGGGGGGCGACCGCCUUUUCCUUGCAGGAGGGAAACUUCUCACAGCAACUUUUUUUUCUUGUGUGUGUGUGUGCGUGCGUGCGUGUGUCUCCCUUUUGGGUACCGCUGGCUGCCGCUGCCUCCUUUCCUCCAGCCCCUGUCUAUUUAUGUGUGUAUCUAUCCCUCCUCAAGUCACUCCCUGCUGCAAACUUCCCCGGAUCGCCUCCCGCGCACCAGAGAGCCAGGCAGAGAUUCGCUCGGGGACUCUCGCCGCGGCAGCAUGUUUCAGCCCGCACCCAAGCGGUGUUUCACCAUCGAGUCGCUGGUGGCCAAAGACAGCCCCUUGCCCGCGUCUCGCUCCGAGGAUCCUAUCCGGCCGGCGGCGCUGAGCUAUGCCAAUUCCAGCCCGAUGAACCCUUUUCUCAACGGCUUCCACUCCACCGGCAGGGGGGUCUACUCCAACCCGGACUUGGUCUUUGCAGAGGCCGUCUCGCACCCGCCGAACCCGGCCGUGCCGGUCCAUCCCGUGCCCCCUCCCCACGCCCUGGCCGCCCACCCGCUGCCCGCCUCGCACUCCACGCACCCGCUCUUCGCCUCGCAGCAGAGGGACCCCUCCACCUUCUACCCCUGGCUAAUACACCGCUACCGGUAUCUGGGCCAGAGGUUCCAAGGGAAUGAAACCAGCCCGGAGAGCUUCCUAUUGCACAACGCACUGGCCAGGAAACCCAAACGGAUCCGUACAGCUUUCUCCCCAUCCCAAUUACUGAGACUGGAACAUGCCUUUGAGAAGAACCAUUAUGUAGUAGGAGCAGAGAGAAAACAGCUGGCACACAGCCUCAGCCUCACGGAAACUCAGGUAAAAGUAUGGUUUCAGAACAGGAGGACGAAGUUCAAGCGGCAAAAGUUGGAGGAGGAAGGUUCAGACUCACAACAGAAGAAAAAAGGGACUCAUCACAUUAACCGGUGGAGGAUCGCCACCAAACAAGCCAGUCCAGAAGAAAUCGACGUCACGUCGGACGAUUAAAAAAAAACAAAAACAAAAACAAAAAACUGGCACUUUGGGACUUUUUCAAGCCAGACACCCCACCGAGAUAAAGUGUUAGAUGCUCACACACCCCGGCGUGGCGGUGCGGGGAAGGGACACCGGGAUCUUCUUCAUCAAAUCGCCAUCCCCGUCUGGGAGGGCAGCCGCGAGCGAGCGAGGGCGAGACCGCGAGAGGUGCAGGCUGGGGCACCGCUGGCACAACUCUGGCAAAGGGGAUCUGUCAAUCAGAGCCAAAACUCUCCGGGACGAGGUGAUUGACAGGUAUUCCGUUUCUCGCAGUCCACUUUUAAAAACGUAACGUCAAAAAAAAAAUUCGGAAAAAAAAUAUUAAAAAAAAAAUCUUAAAAAGAAAAAAAAAAGAAAAAAAAAAGAGAGAGAAAGAAAUAGUACCACCUUGCAGGACGUUUUUUGCACUUCACAGUUUUUUUUUCCGUCUUUAAAAGAAAAAUUACCAUAAGCAGCCAAAACCCACACCUGUUUCAGAAACUUGAAUUGCAUGUGUAAAGCCGUCUGGGCAUAAAAAAAAAAAAAAAAAAAAAAAAAAAAAAAAAGAAAAAAAAAAAAGAGAAAAAAAAGAGAAAAAAAAUACCCCGGUUCCUAAA